UUUAGGUUCCGAAUAUCAGAGUAUGAUCAUUCAAGUGCUCACUCCCAUUUGAGCUUCGCCAGUUUGAAAUUUUGAUCCAUAGGUUGCAGCCAUGACGAAUAGCAUUUCCUCGCUUCCAGCCAGGUAAAGAAGCAUCUCACAGGGUAAGCUGCAUAAACCUUGUGCAAGACAUAGUUCGAGAUCUACCAAGGCUAUUCUUUGCUAUUUUUAUCUGGACUUCUAAAAUUACACUCUGUUUGGUUCUAGACUUGACGGAGGAAAGCACUCGAGCCAUCGCGCUCAGUUGUUCGGGCCCUGAUGGCAUCACGGUUAAUAUGGGUAAAUAACCAUAUCAUGAUACGCCCUGAUCUAGACUGAUACCGGUGGUUAAAACACUUGGAAAUUCUUACUAAGGUACCCAAGCUCCUGGACUUCUGGGUCGCUCCAGAAUUCUCUGGCUAGCAACAUGACGGAUGAUGUUCAAGUUUGGCUGCUUCGGGCAAGCGCCCAGGUGGUGAUGGUAUACAAAUACUUCGUCUUCACCUCUACUCAAUUCGAUUAUUUUCGACAAUUCAUUCUCAAUUAAAAUCAAGCAUCAAUCAGUUAUAAAUAGCCUCUACAAAAUCUCCAUCUGCUAUCAUCAAUUCUCAUUGCCUUCAAUUACACACGCAUUUAACCCCAACGAGACUAUCAACAACUCGCAAUACAUCAGAUUCAAUAAUUCAAAUACUAUCGCCUCAAUAUUCGUGAUGCAUUUUCCGAGCGCGCUUCUCAUUUUACUCCAAUCGGGGCUGUCAGCCGCCGCGCCAUUAAUCCCUUCGUUGCUCUCAAUCCGCGAUACAUUCACACCACCCACAGUCCUCUCAGCCAGUUUUUCAGGCAACGGCUGCCCUCAAGGCUCAACAGAUGCUCCGACUGGCGGUCUCUGGGAGCAUUCCUUCUUCAAACUUCCAAGCUUCAAGGCCAAGAUAGGGCCAUCGAGCAGCGUCACUGAGAGGACCGUCAACUGCCAGGGACACAUCAGCAUCGGAGGCUCGACGGGUUGGCAGUUCGCGCUGAAGGAUCAUUGGUCAAAGGGGUACUUGGAAAUCGAAGGCGCGGGCGUCACGCUCACGCAGUAUGUCACGGUGUAUUUCAGCCAGAACCCUGCAAAGACGGCAACCACAGUCCAAUCCGUCCCCAGCACGGACGAUUCGGGCCUGUCGAAGGAACUCAAGCUGCACUCGACCAUACCUGAGGACGCGUUGAUCUGGUCGCCUUGCGAUAACAGUGGUAUAUUAAACGUCAAUUUCCGCAUGGCUUUUACUAGCACGGCUAGUAAUUCCUCUGCGUACUAUGGUGCGAGCAAGAACUCAUCAGUGACUGAACAAUGGGGGUGGGCAUGGAGGCGUUGUUGAUGCGGAUAAUCAGUAGCCUGAUGGUAUUAGUAAAGGACGUAGCUUCGUACAUUCGCGGCGAUGCAGCAAGGGGGCAAAUUGCAGGACAGAAGGAAUAUUAUCAGUGCCCUUAUUGGUAGCGAACAUAUAGGUAGCGAUUAGAGAAAAGGUCGUUUAAUUCCAUGCAAAUGACAGAUUUAUCUCUCUUUAUUAGGAACUUCG